AUGUUUGUGUAUAAAGUGACCGUGGGUCUGUUGGCCCUGCUGCUGCUCUGUUCUGGAGAGGAGGACCCGCUUGCUGAUCUGUCUGUGGGAGAGCGGCUUGAGAGGGUGAACAGUAACACCAUUCGUAGUGGAGAUAAACCUGAGCUGAUUGAAGGAGACAUUGCUGUUGCUGGCGAUAAUGGGAAAAACGCUGAUCCCUGCACCUCCUUUGGCAAGUGGCCAAAGUCGGCCGAUGGCAAUGUCUACAUACCCUACGUGAUCGCCGAUGUAUACAAUGAUGAUGAGCGGCAGGUUAUCCAGCGAGGCCUGGACUCUUUCACCCCCAUCAGCUGUAUCCGUUUUAUUCAACGCGCCAAUCAGAGGGAUUAUAUCAGCAUCGAGCCUGUCAAAGGAUGCUCCUCUUACAUUGGACGUAUCGGUAAUAACCAGACCCUGUCCUUGGUUCGUAGUGGCUGUGUCUACUAUGGUACCGUUCAGCAUGAGCUUCUUCAUGCUCUGGGCUUUAAUCAUGAACAGACCCGCAGCGACCGAGACAGCUACAUCCGUGUUGUCUGGGAGAACAUUGUCGAGGGUACAGACCCAGGAUUUAUGCAGUUAAAGUGUUCAGAUUAA